UUCUUAUUUUAAAAAUCAUUCAUUUUUUGGUAGAAAUGCCUCCAUCAGGCUGCAUCCACAUGUGCCGUAUCGAUGAAAAGGUAGCAGAAAUGCUGGUGGGGGGGUUCUCCCCCUGAGGAUGUCUGUGUUGGGACAAAUAUUAACUGUAGAGGUCCCCAUUCUCCUGCAGCUGCACACGCCCCUGCGCCGCGCCACGCCGCCUCUCCUUGCAGCGGACCACCCGACAGCAGCAGGGAGGUUUUUAUUGCAUCGUAGAGGACAAAAGUGGCUCCUCUCAUCUCCUCUCCCCCCACCUCUCUCCUUGGUCGGUGAGCAGCGCGCAGGAUGCUGCCGCGCGCUCCUGGAGGACGGACGCUGACUCCGUAGAGCCGCGGCUGGGCGCGUGCUGGGCUCGUGCGCCACGCUUUGUUCCACCUCCGGAGUUCCGGAUCACUCCAUCCAGCCCGUGACAGGAACAACCUUCACAGCCGCCCGCUGAGGCCGACCCCUCCGCUGGAAUUUGUCCUUGCUGGACGCUGGGAUGCCGGCUCCUCCUCUCGUCCCUGCGCUCCUGCUGCUGCUGGGUGUGCUGAUGACAUGGGCCCAAACCGAAAUGAAGAGGGUCGUUGGAGACAACGCCACGCUGCCGUGCCAUUACCAGUUCUGGGUGGGCGAAGACCCCUCCCUGGACAUCGAGUGGCUGCUUUUAAAACCAACCAACAGGCAGAGGGUGAUCAUUACCUACUUCGCCGGACGUGUCAUUGACCCCAACGAAGCCGAGCGUGGCCGUGUGGCUUUUGCCGGAGAGUUCUUAAAAGGUGACGUGUCUCUGUUGAUCAGGGACUUGUCCCUGAUAGACUCAGGAGAGUACAGCUGCAAAGUCAAGAAAGGCGUUCAGUACCACUGGAGCACCAUACAUCUCAUAGUUCUGGUAAAGCCAUCUAAGCCUCGAUGCUGGAUGGAAGGCAAAUUCUUUGAGGGCGGUGAAGUGAAGAUGAGCUGCAAAUCUGCCGACGGCUCCAGUCCCAUUCACUACAAAUGGGAGAGAUUAGGGGAAAAGGGCAAGCACGUUGGGAAGCUGCCUCCACUGGCUCUGAUCGAUUUAAAAAACCCAGAAACCGUGACUCUGAAGAACUUGACCAAGGACAACGCCGGCAUCUACAAAUGCACGGCGAGCAACGAUGUUGGAGAAGAAAGCUGCACAGUGGAGGUUCAGAUGCACUACGUUAGGGGGAUGGGCGUGGUGGCUGGUGCAAUAGUCGGAGUGUCCUUUGGCGUCCUUCUCAUCAUCCUCAUUAUCUGGUUGGCGUUCUGUAAAAAGCAGAUGAAGAAAUACGAAGAAGAAGAAACCCCAAAUGAAAUCAGAGAGGAUGCAGAAGCUCCAAAAGCCAAGCUUGUGAAGCCCAACUCCUUAUCCUCGUCUCAUUCCGGAAGCUCUCGCUCAGGCACCUCCUCCACCCAGUCCAUGGUGCACAACACAGGAACCAGCGGGCAGCAAGGCGGGGUUUCUGUUGUGGCGCACGGAAAGAAAAACUGCCACGCUCCUACUUUUUCUCAGCCUUCGGCUGUCUACAAUCAGGUGCUUUCCAAGACUCUCGUAUCCCGUUGCACACCGACCUCCUCAUCCAACUCCAAGCCCAGCCCUCCCCCCAAACUAAGCCAUGUGAACUCAACCCACAUGGGGGCUACUUCCAAUAUGGACCCCGCCCAAAGCCAGGCCUUCAACACUGUGUAAAGUCAUACAGAAGAAAAUAUCUAUAUCACAAGGCUGUGAAUGAUAAGAAUAGUAAAUAUGUUAUCCAGAUAUAGCUGUACUCUCGCUAUUCUCGGUCCAGUGGAUGCUUGAACAGAUUUGAAUUAACAAUGUAGAAACACAUAAAUUCCAGUGCUGUUUGUUGACACGUGGUCAUUUAAUCAAGUUCAUUGGAGUCUCAUUAUUAAACUAAAGAGAAUUGUGAAAAAAAUGACAGCAGGUAAACGCUUCAUUGUCUUUGGUCAUUGACAGAGAAGUGAAUGAAAUGUGCUCCAGAGUCUUUCAAUUCUACGAAUAGCUUGAGACCAUUCAUACACGACACGCGUCUCCAUCUGUGACCGAACCCAUCAAGCACUUUUCUUUUGUACUGUUCAUUUUCACAGCGUAGAGAAAUAACUUUUCAAUUCUUCCUGCUUUUUUGGCUGAAAAAUGUCGACGAUUUGCUUAGUGCCUCUUUUCCAGUUCACGAUGCUCGUCUCUGUCUCGUCAAAUUUUAAAACUAUUGGUCACUACUAUUAAUAAUGUGUGCCAUAUUGUACAACGGAGAACUAAUAUGUUUGAAGAUUGUUUCAGGGUGGAACAAAAUACCCUAAAUGAGAAAGUGCCAUAGUCUGAAGGUUUACACUAAAAUUUAUUGUGUUGUUGAAGGAUUUUCAUGCAACACUAACAACACAAUGGAGAUUAUAUUUUUUCCUUGCAAUUAGAAAAAGAACUUAAGUGAAUUUUAAACAGAUUCUUUCUAUCCUAUUUACAGUAAUAAAUCCAAACAAUGCAAUCGACUUUCCGAUUCAGAGCCCCCAGCUCCCACAGUCUAAUAGUUUUUAGAUGAAAAUGUUUUGGUUGUGUUUUGUUGAAAAGAUGACAGGAUAUGAUUGUUGACAUUUUUAUUCUUAAACUAAUCUAAAGUGUUUCUGGAUUCCUAAUUUAAUGACAGCAAAUCAGAAAAAGGACAAGGCUUUGCUACACAAUCUCACUCCUAACUCGUCAUAUAUGGACGCAUGGUUCGGGCCCCCCUCCACGUCACUUUUUGAUGUUUUGGGUGUCUCCAACUCGUCGUUUUUGGACGUGCUGGCUGUUC